AGAGAGAGAGAGAGAGAGUUGACACUGGUCACUGUUACUUCUGUUGAAGCUGAAGCGAGAAUCAAGGAGCAGAGGAGUCAUAAAUGAAAUAUUGGUGUUGUUCUCCCUGAGUUUGGCUGUCUCACUUGCUCAGAUCGCCUCAAAAGAAGGUAUCUCUCUCUCUCGUUCUCUCUCUUGUGUGGUCGUUGUGUUUGUCUUCCAUUAUCUUUAUUUAGGGAAAAAGGUCGUUGGACAUCUUCACUGCUACUAUUCUUGGGAAAUUCGUUGUUUCAUUUAAACGCUUGGAAUGCGCGUUCGAAUCUGAGAAUCUUGAAUCUAACGGAGAUAUUUUAAUGGUGGACACAGAAGACAGAGAGCCGUUCCUCCUUCUCUCUUCUAUUUGUUUAAGAAUUUCAGAUAGUUUGCCGUUGCUUUCAAUGCAACCCUCAUCCAUAUCAGAUAUCCAGAAUCUAUUUCUCUCUCCGUCUCUGCAACUUUGUGGUCUUUUAAGCUCCGAAAUUUUCUCUUAAUUCUCAGAUUCUUAAAUUCCUUGUAAGAAAAUAGAUUCAAUCGUUCUUAUAAAUAGAGGAAGAAGAAACAGAAUCUUCAAAUUCUUGAUUUCCGUUGCGAAAAUCGAAGUUCGUUGAUUCCUCAAAGAUCUUCUUCGUCGUAGCUUCUCAGAUCGAAUCUGUUCUUGUAAAUUAUUUCAGGAACCAACAUAUGAUCAGAGAGGAAAGCUCGGCGAGUUUUCGCUGACGGUGAACUGCUCUCGCCUCUGCAUUCAGGAACUUAACCUCUGAGAAAGAAAGGGACCCGGAGAGAGGGAAAGAGGUCUUUGAGGUCUUUUUCGGUUGAGAUGGGUGAAGCUCUGAUGCAGGGUCAAUCUACAGCAGUGGAUAAAACUGCUAAUGUCGUGUUGGAUAUUGAGAGCUUACUACAGUUGACAGACAAAAGCUCAGGAAGCCCAAAAAUGACUAGAAAACUCUCACGAAAAGGUUCUUUUCGGAUAGAGAGACGGUGUCAUGCUGAAGAGGAAGAUAUAGAUGAACCAUCAAAAAAGAUUCUUUUGAAAGUGUAUUCGCAGUUGGAGCCACUGAAGCAGCCAUUGAUCACUACCAAAGCUUGCACAACAGCCACAACCAUAGCCACCCUCAAUGGUCCUAAUCUCAUGGAGGCAAGUGAUGGGCGGAGUAAGAGACUCAAUCGCCUUAUAUCCCCCAAUCCAAGGAAGAUCCUUCUCUUCUUUGCAACAGUGUCCAGCAUUGGCACGAUGAUUCUCAUCUACUUCACACUGGCCAUUAAAAGAAAGGUUGAGCAUCAGGGAGGGUAGGCGAGGAACAUCAACAAUUUAUUGCAACAGAAGUUGAUUGGUUCAGAGCCAUAUAUAUAUAUAUCCUCUCUCUUAUGUUCUCCGUUAUGUCUCUGAACCUGGGGAGCCCACAGUUAGCAAACGAGAGCUGAGCUUUUUGAAUGAUCUUACUGGUUUGCUGAAUCUAAGCCCUUAAUGUUUUGAAUAGUCUUGUAGCUAUCAAUUGACAGAAAAGAGCAAUGAAGUCGCUGGCCCACGGGGUCACCACAUUGGGAGAUUUUUCUUUUUUGGGCGCCCGGGGGGGGGGGGGGGGGGCGGGUGGUGGGGUGUUUGUAAUGCUGGGUUAGAAGACUUUUUUCUAUUAUGGUUCUCCAGUGUACUCAGUGAAUCUGUUUUGAGUCAUCCUUAAAGCUCCAUUUGGUUAUUUAGUUGCAAUGGGAAUAGGGAAUUGAAAUUUUUAUAUUUUAAAAGAAAAUGUUUAUGAUCAUUUCUUCA